AUGAAACUGUUCGGUCUUGUUGUUAUUUUACUAAUUGUGUUCAGUCAACUGACCAAUGGUUUAGAUUAUGUAUCAAUUUCUGACUAUGGCGCCAUCGCGGAUGGUAUCACAGAUAACACUGCAUUCAUUAGCAAGGCAAUUUCUGAUGCAAAGGCCAAGAAUUUAACACGAGUUUAUGUGCCUCCAUCUUCCAAACCAUAUCUUCACAAUAAUUUAAUUAUUCUUGAUGGUAUUUUGUUAUAUGGUGAUGGAUACUUGUCAUGGUUGCAUGGAUCUAACACUGAAGCAUCACCAAUCAAAUUGAUUGGAAACAAUUCAGGUGUUAAAAAUCUUCGGUUGACCAGUAUAGAUCAGAACAGAAGAAGUGUUCCAUGGGCCACAACUGUUUGGUGCUAUUUUGCAACUAAUUUUCUUGUAGAUAACAUUUGGGCUGAACCAAUGGAUGGAAAAGGUUACACUUACAAUACAACACUUGUUCAUGGAGUUGGUGGAAUUUUCAUUUAUGGUUGUGAAAAUGGAACCGUUUCGAAUAACAAUUUGAAUUAUACAUAUGCUGACAGUAUUCACAAUACUCACACUACCAAAUCAGUCCAAAUUUUCAAUAAUAUGAUUGAGAAUAGUGGAGAUGACGGUAUUGCUUCUGUUUCUUAUAAUGGAAAUGAAAUUAACCGAAACUUGGUUAUUUUCAAAAACUAUGUCAAGGGCAAUAGAUGGGGAAGAGGUAUUACAAACAUUGGAGGUGAUCAAAUCAUUAUUGAGGAUAAUACAGUUGAAGCUGGAACUGCUGCAGCAAUUUGGUUGGCAGCUGAAUAUUAUUACAAUACUCUAUCUCCUUCCAAUACGAUUGUUAGAAGAAACAAAGUAAUAAGAGCAGGAUCAGCUGAUGGGAAAUGUUAUGGGCCUAAUACGAUUCCAUCUAUGGGUAUUAAUAAUUCUAAUUUUCCAUUUAAGGCAAAUAAUAUUCAAUUUGUGGACAAUGUAGUUAUGGACUCAUGUUUGGAUGGAAUUGUAAUUGGUGGAACUGAUGUCAAGAACGUUGCCAUUGCUGGAAACACAUUCAUUAACCAAAGAGCUGGUGCAUUCUUCACAACAAGUAAUUCCUCUCAAAUUUUCUUCCUCAACAAUCGUGUAGAAAAUUCGAGUAUCAACUCUAUUGUUACCAUCAAUUAUCAAGAUACCUUAAUCAUUGAUGGAAAUACUCUCGUCAAUGCCAUUACAAAUAUGCAAGGCAGAACACAAGUUGUCUAUAUCAUUAAGGCAGGUCGAGUUCAAUUUACAAAUAAUAGAUAUUCACAAUAUGUUCCAACUGGAUCCAAUACAAUAAUUCAAUUAGGAUCUGCUGAUUCAGUUGUUAAUGAUGAUAGCGACUCGAAGCUUUCAACUAAGGUACCAAGUAAUGUUGCUUCCUUUGCCAUUCCAACAAUUCAGGAUUUGGAAUUUAAUUUUACAACUAAUGGAAAUGUUGUAACAGUGACAGAAUCUCAAAUUCUCUCCAAACUUUCAUUGGAUUCUUCAUUGUUUUCUCUAUUAGUUGGAUUUUCUGGUGUUGGUGGAAAGGUUGAUACCAGUUUCGAUAGAAAAACCAUGACAUUUAGUUUUUCAAAUGAUUUGAAAAGUGGCACUUUCAAAUAUUCAGUUCAAUCUGUAUUGGAAUCUUCUGCUCAAACAGCUAAUAUUAGAGUGAAUAGAAUUGCAAUUCCAAUAGUUGCAGAAUCGUCAAAGCCAAAACCAAAACCUUCUUCAAGUUACAUUAAUAAGGCAGUCUCUGAUGGAAGUACUAUUUGUUUUGCUCACCAAUUGAUUGUAAUUGUACUCAGUUUUAUGCUUGUAUUACUCUUUUAA